AUGGCGGAGUACUUGGAGCAAAAUAUCGAAGAUGUUAAAAACUAUGUUCAAAAGAAUUACACUUAUCGGCAGAUUAGCGACAUUUUCAAGCAGCAUUUUCCUGGGGUUAGUCGAGGUUUCUCGGAGAGAAAUAUUCGGUUAUUCUGUUCAAAGCGUGGAAUAAGGAAACUGGACAAUUUUGAAGUGGACACCAUUAUUCAACAGUCUAUCA